UACGGUUUUUGCCACGGCGCUGGACGUGUAGCUGGCAAAAUCAAAAUGGUGGCUUAAGUUAUUAAAACUGAGCAGCUUUCAUCAUUGGCUGCUGAACGUCAAGGUUGGAGGAGCAGCGAGGAUUAAUGUCCUUUAAAGCACAAAGCCUGCUGUCACUGCCCGCUCUCUCUCUCUCAGCUGAUCCCGUCAUCUCAUCAUCCCACGCCGUCCUCUGCUCUCUUUUGCUCUUUCUCUCUUUCCGGCCAGCUGUCCAGUCGACGUCCAUCACUGCAGGAUUUUUUUCUGCUUCUCUCUCUCUCUCAUUUUCCCAGAUUUCCCUUUUUUUCUUUCUGAUUUUCCCACCAUCUCUUCCUCCUCUGGAUCCGGGCCGAGAUAUGAAGCGGCACCAUGGGUUUUAUGGAAUUCUACCUGGAGAUUGACCCCGUCACCCUGAACCUCAUCAUCCUGGUUGCCAGCUAUGUCAUCCUGCUGCUCGUCUUCCUCAUCUCCUGCAUCCUGUACGACUGCCGCGGCAAAGACCCCACCAAGGAGUACGCCCCUGACAACACGCCAGCGCCGCCCAGCCAGUCGCCCAUACGCCUGGUGGUCAUGCAGAACUCGCCCACCACCACCCGGUACGAGCCCAACAACAAAGCGAGCCACGCCGAGCUGCCGACGCCGGACCUGAGCCGGGACAGAGGAGAGCGGGAGCGGGAGAAGAGGAGUACUCUGGUCUGAGAGGAAGUGGAAGGUUCGGACAGAUAACCAUGAAGUGCUGCUCUUUCAUUCCCAGACUCUUAUUUUUUAAUUUGAACAUCCCGGAUGGCGCUGAGGAGCCAGCAGGAGAGUUUUGACCUCACCUGCAAAUCCCAGAAUUCCCUCCAGUUACCACCACCGUCCUCCGCUCACCUACAGCGCCAUCAGCUCACCACGGGAUAGUGGAUCUGUGGGAUUCUGGAGAUUCGGCUUCACCGGGAUCUGCAGAAACUUCAGAGCUCGCAGUGUGUGAACUUAAAGUCAUCAGUACCAGAUUCUCCAUCUCACCUCAGUGAUGAUGUGACCCCACCCCACCAGCCUGACAAAGGCUGUGUGGGUGGUGUCAGCACCUUCCCUGAAACCACAGAGUGUGGCCAUCACUGGAAAACUGAAGAUAGCAGUGAUGGAGUAGGGCGCUGGCUGCGGUUCUUCAGUGGAUGCCAUCUAAUCCAGGAGGAACACUCCUCGCUACCCUGCAGGAGUUUAACAAUAUAAAGUGCACUGUAUUCAAUCCUUAAAUACACAUGUUAAGUAUGCUUCUUCAUUUUGAGUAAACCGGAGCUUCGGAAGAGCCAAUCAGCUUGGCGUUCAUGAUGACAUCCAGUUACGAUGACCCUGUUAGCGUUUCCCACGCCACUAACGAGAAAUCCAAACGUGUUUUUAAAAGCUAAAGGCUGGAUCUUACAAAGGAAGUUUCAGUAUUAUAUGGACACCUGUGUCCUACAGAGGUAACUGUAAGGUUACAGCCAGCAUGUUUUCAAACCCCCACCCCAGCCAGGAAUCACCGGGGACUGAUUCUUAUACACCUCCCACACAUCGGUUGUGUGGAUAAUCACAAAAAGGCGUUGAUGGAAACUCCUGAACAGGCAGCCGUAUUCUGUACGCUGCAUUUACAGCGCUUAACAAACUGUAAUGUUAGCCAGCUGUAUGUGCAAUCACUUUAGUCUAAAUAUGUUCAAUGUUACAAUAUAGUUAUUGUUUUUAUACA